AAAAUUUAUGCCUUGUCCCGUCUUGCCUCUCGGGUGGAUAGUUCUUCCUCGAUUCAGCGACGUGUAAACUCGAUGCUAAAACAGAGCUUCAAAGUCGCAUGGGAGGUUUAGCUUUCAGUCUCGUUUUCUGCAAAAUCCAUUUGGAUUUGGAUUGAGAUUUCAAUUUCCUGUUUGUAUCUUACAAUCGUUGUUGCAUCCGUUCAUGGCUUCCCUUGUUUCAAAUUUUAUUCUUCCGCUGCUUUUCACCUUUCUGUUCUCCAAUUUCUCAGCUGAAAGCCGGAAGGAGUUGAAGGACGAAGAGGUUAUUCAGUUGAGGCAUUCAGUUCAAUCCAACGUGGUUGACCCUUCACGAGUCCUGCAACUUUUAUGGCGGCCAAGGUCAGGGCCUUUCAGUAUGGUGGCUUUCUAUCAAAUGAGGAGUGCGACCAUCUUAUUUCUUUGGGUCAUGGAGUAAAAGAAAAUUUUCUGGGGAUCAAUAAUGAUCGAGCUAAUGUUGGGACAAAGAGGCAACUUGCAAGUUCAAAAACUUUGCUCAAUACAGAUGAUACAGUUCUUGCAAAGAUUGAAGAAAGACUUUCGGCUUGGACUUUCCUUCCUAAAGAGAAUGGCAGUCCUCUAUAUGUUAGGCGCUAUGAACUUGAGGGGGCCGAACAAAACCUAGAUUAUUUUGGCAAUAAAACCAGGCAGGCUAUGAGUGAGCCUUUGUUGGCAACUGUGAUUUUGUAUCUUUCAAAUGUUACCCGUGGUGGUGAGAUUCUUUUCCCCGACGCAGAGCCGAAGAGCAAGACAUGGUCAGAUUGUACAAAGACCAGCAACUUCCAAAAACCUGUCAAGGGAAACGCUGUUUUGUUCUUCACGACUCACCUCAAUGGAUCUCCGGAUGGUAGUAGCUCGCAUGCUAGAUGCCCUGUUCUGGAAGGAGAAAUGUGGUGUGCCACCAAAUUCUUCUACCCAAGGGCUGUUUCCAGAGAAACCAUCUCAUCUGGCUUUGGCAGAAAUGACGAGUGUUCGGAUGAAGAUGCCAGUUGUCCUCAUUGGGCUUCUAUUGGGGAAUGCCAGAGGAACCCUGUUUUCAUGGUUGGUUCACCUGAUUACUAUGGUACGUGUAGGAAGAGUUGCAAUGCUUGCUGAACAAGAAAUCACUUCCCACAUGAUUUGAUUCCAAUUAUUCUAAUAAUCACUAUAAAGUAGCUUCUUCUUUGUAAUU